AUGCUCUGGUGUCCGGCUCCCAGAAGACAGCGAAAACACCAUGGCCUUGUAGCCUUCAAGCUCCUAUGGUGCUCGUGCCUCCUGGCCCUCGCGUCCAUCCCACAGCGGGUGUGGGCGCCCCUUUACAAGAUAGGGGUAGUGGGCCCUUGGACUUGCGACCCGUUGUUCUCAAAUGCUCUGCCUGAGGUUGCUGCUGGCUUAGUCAUUGAGCGCAUCAACAGGGACUCCUCGUUUGACGCGGGUUGCUCUUUUGAGUAUGUGAUUCUCAAUGAAGACGGCCAGACCGCCAGGGCCCUUUGCAGUUUCAUUGUUUACCACCAGAUGGCCUCGGGAUUUAUUGGCCCUGUCAACCCCGACUGCAAGGCCGCCUCGCUCCUGGGAAACAGUUGGAACAAAGGGCUUUUCUCUUGGGCUUGUGUGAAUUAGGAAUUAGACAAUAAAAUCAGCCCGCCGGCCUCUCGGACACUCCCUUCUCCGGUGCGGGUGCUGGUAACUGUCAUGAGGUACUGCCAGGGGGCUCACGCCAGAGUCAUCUCAGAUGAAGACAUUUGGGUGCACACCGCCAAUCGAGUACCAAGCGCUCUGCAGAGCCGUGGCCUACCGGUAGGGGUCGUACUGAGCUCAGGACAAGACAGCCACAGCACUCGGGCGGCGCUCCUGCGGAUUCGUCAGGCUGACAGAAUUCUCAUAAUCACCAUGUAUGUGCAUUCGGCCUUGAUUGGGGGAGAAACUCAGAUGCGUCUCUUGGAAUGGGCUCAUGAUGUGAAAAUGACUGAUGGAAACUACGUCUUUGUUCCCUAUGAUGCUCUGCUCUACAGUUUACUUUAUAAGCAUACCCCCUACCAGGUCCUGAGGAAAAACCCGAAACUCCGGGAAGCCUAUGAUGCUGUGUUGACCAUUACAGUGGAGUCCCAAGAAAAAACCUUCUAUCAAGCCUAUACUGAGGCAGCAGCUAUACAUGAAAUUCCUGAGGCUCAAGAUAAUUGUAAUUUUUAAAAAUAUAUUUCACCAUUGUUUGGAACCAUCUAUAAUUCAAUUUACUUUAUCGCACAAGCCAUGAAUAAUGCUAUGAAAGAAAAUGGACGGGCUAGUGCUGCCAGCCUGGUUCAGCAUUCCAGAAACACGCAGUUCUAUGGAUUCAGCCUAUUGAUAAGGAGAGAUUCAAAUGGAAAUGGAAUUGCAGAAUAUGUAAUCCUGGACACCAACUGGAAAGAAUGGGAACUCUAUUGUACUUACACUGUGGACAUGGAAAAGGAGCUGCUGCGGUUUGAGAGGACUCCCCCCCCCAUUUGCUUCCCUGGUGGCAGGCCCCCUCGAGCAGAUGCACAAUGCUGAUUUGCAGAAGGGAAGAUCUGUGACAUAAUACUGACCCUUCACAGAGUGGCAUUGACCAUGUCUUUGUGUGAUGGUCUGACUUGCUUUGCUUAUAGCCCUGCUGUUAAUGGAUUUGCUUACUUUAUAUGGUGUCAUAUAAAUAAAAUCCAGUUGAUUAAAGGACCCAAUAGAAUUCUACUGACUUUGAAGGAUGUGACGUUUAUCAAUCCCCACUUUGGCAGUAAGAGAGGAAGUUGUACCAGUGUAAGCUUCCAGAUCACCUCAGAAGUCCAAAGUGGACGGUUUCCAAGGCUCCCUUUUUCCUCGGGGAGUCUAACUCCAGCUACCUAUGAAAACUCCAACAUAUCCAUUUAUGAGGGUGAUUGGGUGUGGCUGAAAAAGUUCCCCUUUGGAUGUUUUGGAGACCUUAAGUCCAUCAAAUCCAGUGCAAGUGAUAUGUUUGAAAUGAUGAAGGACCUGCAUCAUGAAAAUAUUAACCCUUUAUUGGGCUUCUUCUAUGAUUCAGGGAUAUUUGCCAUUGUGACAGAAUUCUCUUCCAGAAGGAGCCUAGAAGCUAUAUUGACAAAUCAGGAUGUGAAACUUGACUGGAUAUUUAAAUCAUCACUUCUGCUGGAUCUUUUCAAGGGCAUGAAGUACUUACACCAUGGAGAGUUUGCUCAUGGGAGGUUGAAAUCUUGGAACUGUGUGGUAGAUAGGUGUUUUGUACUAAAAGUGACAGAUUAUGGUUUUAAUGACAUCUUGGAAACUCUAAGUCUCCCAAGAGGAACCAUCUGCGGAAGAGCCCUUCUCUUCAGCCAAGCUAAUCUGCUUACCACCACCCCCAUCUGCAAUUUGCUCCUUUCUACUUCUUGUUCUUUUGCACUUGCUAUGGACAGCCCCGAACUGUUGAGAACCCCAAAGGGCAGCACGUUAGGUUCUUUUGCAGGAGAUGUCUAUAGCUUUGCCAUCAUCAUGCAAGAAGUGCUGGUUCGGGGCACCCCAUUCUGCAUGAUGGAUCUGCCUGUCAAAGAAAUCAUAGACAGAGUUAAGAAGCCUCCUCCUGUGUACAGACCCAUGGUUCCUCCUGAGUGUGCCCCUCCAGAAUGUCUCCAGCUGAUGAAGCAGCGCUGGGCUGAAGCUUCAGAACAGCGACCAAUUUUUGAUGAAAUAUUUAAUCAGUUUAAAACUUUGGAUAAAGGGAAGAAGACCAAUAUCAUUGACUCCAUGCUUUGGAUUUUGGAGCAAUAUACUAGCAACUUGUAAGAUUUGAUCUGGGAACAGACUGAAGAGCUGGAAAUUGAAAAACAGAAAACAGAUCUUCUAACACAGAUGCUACCACUCUGUCUCUGCUUUUGAUCAGUUGCCAAAUCCCUCAAAAAGGACUACAUGGUUGAACCUGAGGGCUUUGACUUGAUCACCUUGUACUUCAGUGACAUUGUGGGUUUCGCCACCAUCUCAGCCAUGAGUGAGCCUAUUGAGGUGGUAGAUCUUAAUAACCUGUACACACUCUUUGAUGCUGUCAUAGGCAAUCAUGAUGUCUACAAGUAUUGGGAAUACAUUGGAGAUACUUACAUGGUGGCCUCAGGCCUCCCAAAGGGGAAUGGCAGUCAGCAUGCAGCUGAGAUUGCAAACAUGUCCCUAGAUAUCCUGAGCUCCGUGGGGACCUUUAAGAUGAGACACAUGCCAAAGGUGCCAGUCCGGAUUCGAAUAGGCCUGCAUUCAGGGCCAGUUGUUGCUGAAGUGGUGGGGCUCACCAUGCCCAGAUACUGCCUGUUUGGAGACACUUUGAACACAGCUUCUCGUAUGGAAUCAACAGGGUUACCUUACUGCAUUCAUGUCAGUCACACAAUUCUUCAAGCUCUGAGUGAGGGCUGUGAAGUAGAGCUUCGAGGAAGGUCAGCACUCAGGGGCAAAGGCACAGAAGAGACCUUCUGGCUGGUUGAAAAAGGCUUUACAAAGCUCCUUCUUGUGCCCCCACCAGUGGGCAAAGAUGGUUAAGUACACACUUAAUUAGAGCAAGUGGGCCAUGGCUUACAACCAAUAGAUAUUUCAGCCUUCCAAAGAAGAAAAGCAGAAAGGCAACUGGUGAGAAACAAGCCAUAA